GACAGGCUCCGCGCGCUUUACGCGCCAGCUUUGGCCUUAGCCUGCGAGCUGCGGAGUCGCGACGGACUAUGGAGAACAGCUACGAGGAAAGCAUCGACAAACGCCGCGUUCACCUGCGCCCUGAUACACUGCGCGACCCCGCCCCCGUCUCGCUGCACCUUCUGCCCUGCGAGGUCCCGGUUAACCGGCCCACCCCGGUGGGGCGCUUCUUCACCCCAGCCAUCCGCUUGGGUCCGGACGGACUGGAAGCAUCGUUUCGGGGGCGUAGUCUACGUGGCGAGGAGGUGGUGGUGCCCCCCGGCUUCGUGGGAUAUGUGAUGACAGAAGAGAAGGCAGAGGUGUUGGUGGGGAAGCAGAAUGACCACGAGCGAGAAGAGCAGGAACUGGUGGAACCCCCAGAGGCGCUGGAGCGGGACUUCGGCCGCUUUAUGGGAGCCACAGCCAGUUUCAGCAGCUUCACCGUGUGGGGCCUGGAAUCUAUCCCGGGUCCGGAUGCCAAACUGCGUGGGGCCCUAAGCUGGCCCAGCCUCGCUGCAGCGGAAGACUGACCAAGGCUUAUGAGAAAAACUCUGCCUGUGUGACAGUCUCAGAAGUUCUGCUGUCAAAAAGCCACAGUACUCUCUUGCCCAGUCACACCUCCUGAAAACACAUCUGCUCGUCUACAACACAGGUGAAGAAGUCUGGGGUCUCUCAAGGACUGCUCCAGUAAAAUUCAUCUUGGUACUGUACUCCAUGCUCACAACUCUCCUGCAUUUCACCAGAGGCUUUUUAAGCACCUGCUAGGCAUGGCCACUUGGAUACCCAAGCCCACACCUAACCCAGUAAACAGUGACUAAAGCAGCAUCUUUCUCUUAAGCUCCCCCAGCACCCAAGCCAGAGCUCUCUCCUGCCAGUCAGUGAUUGGCCCUCUCUCCCCGCCCUCCAGGCCCCAGGGAUGGAGGCCUUUCACUCUUAAAGGUCCUUGCAGGCUAUUCCCUUCUCCCUCCCCACAGCCAGACUAAGGCAGGUGUGAGGCCCCAGACCUAUAGUGCCCCCCUUUCUCAGCUGACCUCAAUCCCACCACCUGAACUCUGUCCUUGUAACAGCCUUCCCUCAUCCUGUCUGUGCUCCAGCCGGAAGGACAGCGCUUCGAGGCUAUCUACACAGGCACACCUCUUUUUAUUGACUUUCACAGACAUUGCAUUUUUUUUCUUAACAAAGGUUUGUGGCACCCCUGCCCUGAGUUUAUCAGUGCCAUUUUUCCAACAGCAUUUGCUCACAUCACAUCUCUGUCCCCUUUUCAUAAUUCUUGCAAUAAUAUUCCAAACCUUUUCAUUACUGUAUUUGUUACAAUAAUCAGUGAUUCUGGAUGUUACCACUGUAAUUUUUUUUAGAUACUGUUAUUACACACUUAAUAGACUGUGGCACAGCAUAAAUAUAACUUUUAUAUAGUCUGGGCAACCA